GCCAGCGCGGCGUGAUCGAGGGACCCAACUUCGUCGCCCGCCCCGCCUUCGCCUUCGCCUGCCUCUUUACCGCAGAUUCACAGGACGGGGCACGCGGGUGCGGGGCUCGGCUAGUGCUUUUGGUUGGCCGUCUUGCUUGGCAACUACCAACCAACUGGUCAGGCAGUCCAGUUGCGGCACCUCGUGCGCCGCCGUGCCAACUGACAAGGGAGAGUGCGACGUGCGGCUCGAAGCGCGGCGCGCCAAGCUCGCCGGCUCCUAGGGUUCGGGAAUGGCUGCGGCGGCGGCGGGGGCGGGGGCGGACGGAGGAGAGGGGGAGGAGCUCCUCCUGCUCUCGGCCGUGGAGGCUGGCAACGGCGGCGGCGGCUCGCCCGCCGCGGCGGGGGAGUCGUGGCGGCUCAACUUCGAGGGGUUCCGCCCGCCGGAGGCGCACCAGCAGGACAGGCCGCCGGCCGGCGCGCUCCAUCACUGCCUCGGCGUCCUAGCUCAAGGUCCUGAGGAUGUUGUUGCUGAGUACUACCAACAACAAGUAGAGAUGCUGGAGGGUUUCAAUGAGAUGGAUACGCUUACAGACCGUGGUUUCCUUCCUGGAAUGUCCAAGGAAGAGCGUGAAAAGGUUGCUAGGAGUGAGACAUUAGCAAUACGGCUGUCUAACAUUGCAAACAUGGUCCUUUUUGCUGCAAAAGUGUAUGCUUCAGUACGCAGUGGCUCACUUGCUAUUAUUGCUUCAACAUUGGAUUCUCUUCUAGACUUACUGUCAGGGUUUAUCUUGUGGUUUACUGCCUUUUCAAUGCAAACUCCAAACCCCUACAGAUACCCAAUUGGUAAAAAGCGCAUGCAGCCACUGGGAAUACUUGUUUUUGCUUCUGUUAUGGCAACUCUUGGCCUCCAGAUCAUUCUAGAAUCAAUGCGCUCACUGGUGUCUGAUCAAGAUGAAUUCAGCUUAACAAGCGAGCAGGAAAAGUGGGUUGUGGACAUCAUGCUCUCGGUGACAUUAGUGAAACUUGCCCUGGUGAUAUAUUGCCGCUCAUUCACCAACGAAAUUGUCAAGGCAUAUGCACAGGAUCACUUUUUUGAUGUCAUCACCAAUGUAAUCGGUCUGGUUGCUGCACUACUUGCGAAUUAUAUUGAAGGCUGGAUUGAUCCAGUUGGUGCAAUAAUUCUUGCAAUCUACACAAUCAGAACAUGGUCGAUGACGGUGCUGGAGAACGUGCACUCCCUGGUGGGGCAGUCGGCCUCACCGGAGUACCUCCAGAAGCUGACGUACCUGUGCUGGAACCACCACAAGGCCGUGCGGCAUAUCGACACGGUGCGCGCCUACACGUUCGGCUCCCACUACUUCGUGGAGGUGGACAUCGUGCUGCCGUCGGACAUGCCGCUGCGGGAGGCGCAUGACAUCGGCGAGGCCCUGCAGGAGAAGCUGGAGCGGCUGCCGGAGAUCGAGCGCGCCUUCGUGCACCUCGACUACGAGUUCACCCACCGGCCCGAGCACGCGCUGUCCCACGAGAAGUAGCCUGCUGCAAGUGUCGAUCAGGCGCAGGAGGUGGAAGGACUCAUGGGGCUCGUUGCUGAAACCAUUUACGAGUAGCCGCAGGGAGGAAGUUUCAGGGACCUGGUGCUCGUCUCGUCAGCCGUCGUUGGAAACCAUUGGGGUACAUGCGAUGGGAACUGUGCAUUCUGGAGUGCCUGCAGCGGCGAUGCCCUGGUAGAUUGCAGUAUCAUUCUUGGUGCAAGAAUCUAACGCCAGUGAUCAGUGAUGAGGACCUGUUUUGUACCGGUCUUCAGCUCUUUUGCUGUGUUAUCUGGUUGCCUGAGCUGUGUAUUUCUUGGAAGACCAUGCAUACAGCAUCACAUUAAUCAAUGCCUAGGGUCAUCCAAUCAGUGUU